ACGAACACACACGAGAAAGAGAAAGGAAGAGACCUCGAUUUGGUUACUCCUCCACUGAGCGAGUUGGUUCUCUCAUGGCGAAGCCUCGCAAGCCCAAGAACGAAGACUCCAAGCCUGAAAACUCCGGCGCCAUCGUUCACCACCAAAAGCUCUGCCUCUCCAUCGACCUCCACAAACGCCUCCUCUACGGGUACACUGAAUUGAAAAUCGCGGUACCGGAGAUCGGAAUCGUAGGGCUGCACGCGGAGAAUCUAGGGAUUGGAGGUGUUUGGGUUGAUGGUGAGCCUACGGAGUUCGAAUACUACCCGCAUCAACAGCAGCAGGUGGAGGAGGAUGGAAAGAGAUGGAGCUCGGUGUCUUCUCCUAGCUCUGCUGCUGAUGAAGCUGCGUCACUGUACUUGUCUUCUCUCGAGAAAGAACUCGUCCCCAAUUUGCUCAUCAACUGCUGUAAACCCUUCAAGCCUGAGACUGAACAGCAGGAGCAACCUGUUUCUGAAAAUGGGUUCCACUCUGCUGAGCCUAAGCAGAAUGUGAGAUCUGUUCGUAUUGACUAUUGGGUAGAAAAGGCGGAGACAGGAAUCCACUUCAGAGAUAAUUUGCUUCAUACUGAUAAUCAGAUAAGGAGAGCGAGGUGUUGGUUCCCUUGUAUAGAUGACAAUUCACAGCGAUGCUGCUAUGACCUGGAGUUCACUGUAGCUCACAAUCUUGUGGCUGUCAGUACUGGAAGCUUGCUAUAUCAGGUCUUAAGCAAAGACAAUCCUCCUAGGAAAACAUAUGUCUAUAAAUUGGAUGUUCCAGUUGCUGCAAGGUGGAUAUCUUUGGCUGUUGCCCCUUUUGAAAUUCUUCCUGAUCACCAAUUUAGUCUUGUAUCACAUAUGUGUUUGCCACCGAAUCUGUCAAAGAUGAGGAAUACAGUGGAUUUUUUCCAUAGUGCCUUCAGCUGCUAUAAGGAUUAUCUUUCUUUAGACUUCCCAUUUGAUUCAUACAAGCAAGUUUUCAUAGAGCCUGAGAUGGCAGUUUCAUCAUUGAGUUCAGGAGCCUCUAUGAGUAUUCUAAGUUCUCAAGUUUUGUUUGAUGAGAAGGUUAUUGACCAGACUAUUGAUACAAGGGUCAAGCUUGCAUAUGCCCUUGCAAGACAGUGGUUUGGAGUGUAUAUCUCUCCCGAGGCACCAAAUGAUGAGUGGCUCUUGGAAGGGCUUGCUGGUUUCUUGACAGAUUUUUUCAUUAAGAAACAUUUGGGAAACAAUGAGGCACGGUACCUGAGAUACAAGGCAAAUUGUGCUGUUUGCAAAGUUGAUAAUAGUGGAGCGACAGCUUUGAGCUGUUCAGCUUCUUGUAAGGAUUUAUAUGGAACACAGUCAAUUGGUUUGUAUGGAAAAAUAAGAUCAUGGAAGUCUGUGGCAGUUCUUCAGAUGUUGGAAAAGCAGAUGGGUCCUGAAUCUUUCCGUAGAAUUUUGCAAACUAUAGUUGCUCGAGCUCAAGAUAAAUCACGUUCCAUGAAAACACUUAGUACUAAGGAGUUUCGACAUUUCGCUAAUAAGGUUGGAAAUCUUGAGCGUCCAUUUCUUAAAGAUUUCUUCCCUCGAUGGGUCGGUUCUUGUGGAUGUCCUGAUUUAAGAAUGGGGUUCUCCUAUAACAAAAGGAAGAAUAUGGUUGAAUUGGCUGUGUUGCGGGAAUGCACAGCAUUGCAGGCUUCAAGUACAUCCAUUCUUGAUAUUAAACCAGAUUCUGAAAAUAAAGAUGGAGAUACUGGAUGGCCUGGUAUGAUGAGCAUACGGGUAUAUGAACUUGAUGGUAUGUAUGACCAUCCAAUUCUACCUAUGGCUGGAGAAGCAUGGCAACUAUUGGAAAUACAAUGCCAUUCAAGGCUUGCUGCUAGACGCUUUCAGAAGCCUAAGAAAGGUUUAAAAAUUGAUGGCUCUGAUGAUAAUGGUGAUGUGCCUUCCAUGGAUAUACGCUCGAGCAGUACUGAGUCCCCUUUAUUAUGGAUCAGAGCAGAUCCUGACAUGGAGUACCUUGCUGAGGUUCAUUUUAAUCAACCAGUACAGAUGUGGAUUAAUCAAUUAGAAAAGGACAAAGAUGUUAUUGCUCAGGCACAAGCAAUUGCAGCUCUUGAAGCAUCCCCCCAGUUAUCGUUUUCUGUUGUGAAUGCUCUAAACAAUUUUCUCAGUGACUCCAAGGCUUUUUGGAGAGUAAGAAUUGAAGCAGCAUUUGCAUUGGCAAAUUCAGCAUCUGAGCAGGAAACUGAUUUUUCUGGACUACUUCAUUUGGUGAAAUUUUACAAGAGUCGGAGGUUUGAUCCUGACAUAGGACUCCCAAAGCCAAAUGAUUUUCAUGAUUUUGCUGAGUAUUUUGUUCUUGAGGCUAUUCCACAUGCUGUAGCUAUGGUCAGAGCUGCCGACAAGAAAAGCCCGAGAGAGGCUAUCGAGUUUGUUUUGCAGCUACUGAAGUACAAUGACAACAAUGGGAACCCUUACUCUGACGUCUUCUGGCUUGCUGCGUUGGUCCAGUCAGUUGGCGAGCUUGAGUUUGGGCAACAGAGUAUUCUCCUAUUGUCAUCACUACUCAAACGUAUUGACCGGCUUUUACAAUUUGAUAGUCUCAUGCCAAGCCACAAUGGAGUCUUGACUGUUAGUUGUAUCCGGACAUUGACCCAGAUUGCUUUAAAGCUUUCAGGGUUCAUUCCUCUUGAUCGUGUAUACGAACUCGUAAAACCUUUUCGGGACUUGAAGGCAAUUUGGCAAGUUCGGAUUGAAGCAAGCCGAGCACUCCUUGAUCUUGAAUUCCACUGCAAGAACAUUGAUGCAGCACUGGUUUUAUUUAUCAAAUAUGUAGAGGAGGAGCCUUCCUUAAGAGGGCAAUUAAAACUGGCUACCCAUAUUAUAAGGCUAUGUCAGAUGAGAGAUGGAUUGAAUUCAAAUGAUGAAAUUGCAAGCGAAACUCUUGUCUCUUUGCUCAGUUUACUGGAAGGGCGCAUGACAUUUAAUAAUGUCUUUCUCCGUCACUACUUGUUCUGUAUACUACAAGUACUUGCAAAAAGACCUCCAACUCUACAUGGGAUACCCAGGGAAAAUAGAACGUUGCAUAUGAGUCUUACAGAAGCUUGUAACUCUCAGAGGAACAUACUUGUUCUUGAUUUAGAAAAUAAACCUUUGGAAAUGCCAAGCUCUACCCUAAACAUUACACAAGAUUUGGCCAUGACUGAGGGUUUGAGUGAUGCGCUUGUUGAAUCUCCAAAGGAUCAAACUUGUGAAGCUCCCAAACAAGCGGAUGUUGAAGCUCUAAAAGAAGCGCCUCUUGAGAUUCCCAAAGAGGUCUUGAUAGAAUUUCAACAUGAAGCGCCAAUUGAAGCUCCCAAUGAAGUUUCCAAGGAAGCUGAUACUGUAUCCAAUAGCCAUGAAAGGAAAAGGCCAAUUAAAAUCAAGGUUAAACAAUCUUCUGCUACCAGUAGAGCUGAUACUGAUAAUCAAAUGGUUGAGCGUUCUUUAGGCGCUCGUAAUGAAAUGGAUCAUGGAGCUAGCAGUUCAGUUUCUGUGGAUGCACCUCAGAGAAAUUUUGUAGAGACUCUAAGCAUCAGUAAUCAUAAUAUUGAGGAAGUGAAUUCUUGCCAUGAUCAUUGUUCUCGCAUGACUGCCAGUAUCGGUAGUGCAAAAUUUUUGAGUAAUGGUGAUGAAUUGGUUAAAGAGCUCCAAUGCACUGCUGAUUCAAGUGUUGUUCACUCACAACCGCAGCCAGAAAACCCGUCAUCAUCUAGUAUUAUCCAUGAUAACAAUAUUGAUGCUGAUGCACGAAGAUAUGUUAGCCUUCAAACUCUUUCAGCUUCAAGAUUUGAUGUUGAUGGAGGAUCAUUGGGUAAAGAAAUUUCUGCACGAGGGAAAGAAAAACACAAAAGCAAGGAUAAGAAACGGAAGAAAGAACACCGAGAUGAUCCAGAGUAUUUGGAGCGAAAACGUUUGAAGAAAGAGAAAAAACGCAAGGAAAAAGAGAUGGCAAAACUCCAGGGUGAUGCAGCAAAAAGAUCCUCAGUAGACUUGUCAAGUAAAAAAGAGGAACCUGAAGUGGAUGUUGCAAAACAGCUGAAAUCUGUUGAACCUAGCGGGUAUAAUUCUCAAUCAGAAUUCAGAAGGAUCGAUGCAACCAAACCUGAGGCAUCCGAAGGUACAUCUGGUGCACCGAAAAUUCGCAUUAAAAUCAAAAACCGACUGCUCAGCAAGUAAUAGAGAACAAAAUGUUAUCUCAGUUUGUAGAUUUUAGAACGAAAAUCACAACCCCCUGCAUAUUUUAUGGGUUGUACUUUUCUUUUCAAUAUCUGGUGUAAUAGAUGAUUAGGGACUUCACAUUAUUGAUUCAAUGAGCUAGCUUUAUUUGUUAGUUCUUUUCUGGAUUUAGAGUACAGACAGAUAGGAUCUGGCUUUCUUCACAUCCGCAUAAAUUUGUUCAAUUGUUGUAUAAAAAAUGAUACUUUUCAGCUAUUUCCUGUUCAUGACAAUGAUGACUAACCACUAUUCACGAUUCA